UCGAGCCAAGCGGGGAAAGGGCGCGGAACUGCGGCCGCUCGCGGCCAUGACUGGCAUUCUGUGCGAUUGGCUGAAUCGGGAAGUGAAGCUCUCGCGGACCGUGGAUGCAGAAUCUUUCGCCCGAGAAUUUUCCUCUGGUUAUCUCAUCGGAGAACUUCUAAACAAGUAUGAACUUCAGGAAGAUUUUGAUCAGUUUUCACAAAGCAGGCUUGCCAAUGCAAAACUUAACAACUUUUCUCGCAUGGAGCCGACCCUUCAACUUCUGGGUGUACAGUUUGACCAAAAUGUAGCCCGAAACAUCAUGACAGAGCAGCAUGGAGCUGCUAUUAAACUUGUGUACCAAUUGUAUGUGGCCCUAGAGAAAAAGAAAAAAGCAGGGCUCACUGGAGUUGCCAUGGAUGCAAUGCGACCUUCAGCUCAUGCAAAGCUUAAAGGUGUAGGAACCGAAAUAUAUCGUGAGAGACUCAAAACACUAGUACCACGCCAGGCAGACCUCUCACUCCAACAGAUUUCAGACAGCUUUCAAAACAAAGCCAAGAUCCUGGAAAGUAAGAUAGUUGGCAUGCAAUUAGUGAAACAACAGCAAGCCAAACAGAUCCAGGAGGAAAAAAAGGUUGAAGAAGUUGAAAGGAAAAUUGUAGAAAAACGCAGGCAGAAUGAAAUCAUGGCCAAGAUUCAAGCAGCAGUUAUCCAGAUUCCAAAACCAUUGCCACAGCAUACUGACAAAGCGAUUGAAGACCAAAAACUGCAGAAGAAGAAAAAGGAAGCAGACAUCACAUACACUGAAAUUAGGAACUUCGAAAAACAAAUGAGGAAAGAGGCUGUUAUGCCUGCCAAACUCACUGAGAGUAUGAUGAGUGCGAUAAAGCAGGCACAAGAACUAGCUACAGCAAAACCAGCCAUUACUGACCUACUGAACACCUACUCAGAUGAUGAAUAUAUUAGGAAAAUUCAGAAACGUCUUGAGGAGGAUACCUUUGCUCGAGAACAACGGGAGAAGAGAAGGCGAAAGAUGUUAAGGGAGCAACUCAUAGCUCAUGAAGCACAAGAAGAGGCCUAUAGAGAAGAGCAGCUUAUCAACCGACUUAUGAGACAGUCCCAGCAAGAGCGGAGAAUAGCUGUUCAACUUAUGCAUGUGAGGCAUGAGAAAGAAGUCCUGUGGCAAAACAGAAUUUACAGAGAAAAGCAGUUUGAGGAAAGACGCCUCAAAGAAUUUCAAGAAGCUCUUGAUAGGGAGGAGGCCCUUGCAAAACAAGAAAAAAUUGAACUCGCAGAACAGGCCCUUAGAGAAAAACAACUGCAUGCAAAACUUGCUGCUGAAAGAGCUGAGGCUCGCUAUAAGAAUCAUUAUGAAAUUUGCUGGGAAGUAGUUGAACAAAUCAUUGAUUUAGCAACUAAAAUAGGAGAAUAUAGAACACUGACAAAUAAUUUAAUUCCUGCAAAGCUAAUGCGUGACUGGAAGGAAAUUUUCUUAAAAGGAAAGCCAAUUUAUGAGCAAGCUGACAUCAGCGAUUUGCCAGCUGAGCCAACUCCAGAACAAUUAAUAGAACUGGACAAAAUUAAUUUGCUAGAUGAGAAAGAUUAUGAUGAAUAUAAGGCUAUGAUUGAGGAGUGGUACCCUCCUGAAGAGAUCAGAGUAAAUAAACCACCUCCUGAUAAUGUAAUAUUGGGUCAUGUGAUUCACAGAUUGAUGGAACUAGUACAUCCCCCAGAACCUGAACCACCACCAUCUAUAUUUUCUCCAUUUCCUAUGAAAGGUUGCAUUAUGGGAAAGCUCUAUAGCGGGAAAACCACCUGCUUAAACUUCUUAGAAAAAGUUUUUAAUAUCCAGGUCCUAUCUCUGGAUGCAUUGAUUGCAGAGGCAAUUAAAUCCUUCCAUGAAAAUGAAAUGGCAAUUGAAAGUCUAUUUCCAGCCACAAUGGAAGACUCUUCCUUGAAUCAACUACAUGUUCUGAAAGAGGCUUCUAAGGCUUCAUUGAUAGUAUUGAAAACUUAUGAGUCAGCAGAACAGAACAUAGAAAUUUCAGAGGCGCCCAAAGAAAUUAUUGAGAAACCAAGCUCUGCUGUGAUGGUUGACCAAAUGGAGAUAAGUGAGGAUGAGGAUGAAUUAACCAAACUUUCUCUUCGUGCUCAGCUUGGUGCAGGAGCAGAGACAUUGUUAAAGAAAGGAAAAAAGAUUCCAGAUGAAUUACUAGUUGGCAUCAUGGUGGAAGCUAUUAGUCGGCUACAGCCAGAAAAGGGUUGGAUCAUGGAUGGAUUCCCAAUGACACUGAAUCAGGCUAAACUGCUUGAAAAAGCAUUGACCGGACGAGAUCCAGACCAGACAGAAACUAAUACAAUAAACUUGAAAAAGCCCACACUGGUUAUAGACCCUGCAGCUCCAAAAGAGCCCCCUGUGCAUCCACCUGGUCUUGACUUUGCUAUUUUGUUAGAUGUUACAGACUCCAUUGUGAUGAAUCGGGUAGCAAAGGAGAAGG